CCUCCUUUAGUGAGAAUUAAUACUGACUGCAGCGACACAAGCCAGGCCUCUGUUGUCAAUUACAAUGGAGUUUAUUUCUAAUUUUGCUCCCAGCAAUUUGCUCAGAUCUGUCUCAUCUGUGGGAUCAGAAAUAACACGUCGAGUUAAAACAGUCUCUGCACCACCUCAGAGGCCUUUCCGUGUUUGUAGCCAUGAUCGGACUGUACGUAAAGGAGUGACAGCUGGAACCCUAAGGGAGCUCAUUGCUAAGGCUAUGGACACACUCUUUCUGACUGGCAUUGUGUCUUUGGUUCUGGAGGAAGAUGGGACACUGCUAGACACAGAUGACUUUUUUGACAUGUUAGAGGAUGGAUCAGUCAUCAUGGUGUUGGAGAAGGGACAAAAAUGGAAUCCAGCAAAGGGCACCUUGUCUUACUCCCUGCAGCAGGAAAAGCCUAAAAACAGCCGUGACAUUGCAAGGAUCACGUUUGAUAUAUACAAGCUCAAUCCACGAGAUCUGUUUGGGAGUCUGAACAUAAAGGCUACAUUCUAUGGCCUUUAUUCUAUGAGCUGUGAUUUCCAGUGUCUCGGCCCAAAGAAAGUAAUCAGGGAGCUCCUGAGGAUUUUAUCUUCAACGCUCCAAGGACUAGGUCGAAUGUUGCUCUCAGCGUCUGGUGUCCUGAGGCACCUCCUGGAGGGAAGCGAACAAUGGAGUAAUGGCCGCAUCUGCGAGUAUGAGGGCUGACAGAUCUCUUUGUAUACUUUAGCCUGGUGUAUCCCAUGCACAUUGGGUAGAUGACACUGAUAUACAAUUCAGUUCAAUUGUUUUAUAAAAUUGAAAAAAAGAUUUUGCAUUUGCUUAAAGGGGCAGUACAUUUGAACAAUUUUCAUCAUGCAUAUACAGUAAAAUAACGUAUACAUUUCUGUUUUGAAUGUCAAUUUUGAAGCUAACAGGAAGUGCAUGUCUGUGAGACCUUAAGGACUGACUGCUCAUUGGCUGAUAACCAAAACUCCCACUGCAUUAUUGGUGGUGACACUUUUCACAAACAUAAUGAUAAAAAAUUGCUUUUUUUAAAAGCUCUGAUACAUUUUAAAAUGCCCUCUUUUAGAUACAAUUACUUACAUGUCCUUCUAGCAUGGGAAAGUCAAUUUAUUGGGUGUUUUAAACAUAAUAACUGCCUUAAAGGGACAUGAAACCCCAAUUUUUCUUUUAUUAAUUAGAAAGAGUGUGAAAUUUUAAACAAUAUUCUAAUUUACUUCUAUUAUUUAAUUUGUUUCAUUCUCUUGAUAUUCUUUGCUGAAAAGCAUAUCUAGAUAGGCUCAGUAGCUGCUGAUUGGUGCGUGCACAUAGAUGCCUCGUUUGAUUGGCUCACCCAUAUGCAUUGCUAUUUCUUCAACAAAGGAUAUCUAAAAAAUAAAACAAUUUAGAUAAUAGAAGUAAAUUUGAAUGUUGUUUAAAAUUGUAUUCUCUAACUGAACCAUGAAAGAAAAAUUUGGGAUUUAGUGGCCCUUUAAGCUGUACUUGCUGAUAGAUGUACAAAACAAAGAUCUGAUAGCAGUAUUUCUAACUAGUAAGAUAUUUCCCAGUAGUUUUUAUCCAUUAUAUUUACACAUACAAUUCUAGUCAUUUUUAUCAUUUAUUUGUAGAAUGCCAACAGAUUCCACAAGAGUACAGCAUGGCUGUUAAUUUUACAGCUUAUUUCAAGAAAAAAUUAAAUUAUUACCGAUUUUUCUUCUAUUCUCAGAUUACUAUAUGUGCGUAUGUAUCCUCUUCAAAGUAAGAAAAACAUUAUUGUAAAUACAUAAAAAUGGAAUUAUAGAA